AUGGCUACAUCGGAUGGACUAGACGGCUGUCUGCAACGAGGCAGAUCUCAAAGUGACCCGAACCUACUCAUCGAACCGGGCAUCGAUUUGACUCAUGGCACAGUAGAGUUGAUGGACCAGCAGAGGGUGCUGAGGACCGGUUGCCUGGUGACAGGGGUCCACACUCCACCCAUCCGACGUAACAGCAAGCUUGCCACGCUGGGGCGCAUCUUCAAGCCCUGGAAGUGGAGGAAAAAGAAAAAUGAGAAGCUAAAGCAGAGUUCCACAGAUGUAGCAUUAUCCAGCAGUCUUCUAUGCGACCUACACGACCCAAGCUCCCCCACCCGGGGCUGCUGCUCAGACGGUGCAGUCCUGCUUGGAGGAUUUAGGGGAUCCUUGAACUCAAACCUCACAAUCAGCAGUGUGGAGUAUCUUGGUCCUGAGGAGGAGCUUCCCCCUCCAGUAGCUGCCCCUCUUCAGGACUGUGAACGGGUGGAGGAGAAUGUACUAAUACCGGAGGAGGAGGGAAGAGAAGAAGUUCACCCUGUCGGGGAUUUACCUGAGGGGCUGCAGGACGUGGGCGAGCAGAUGGAAGAAAGACCAGAGGAAGAGAUUCCUCCUAGAACAUCCCCACCACAAGUACCUCCCAAACUUUUGCACCAGCUGAGUACUAGAGAUGAUUCAGGCCCUGUGUCACUCCCUACUCACCUGCCCAACUCCUACCUCCCCAAGGAGCCUCCACCCAGGGCCACAGAAAGCAUGGCUUCAAUGACCCUGCCGCUACGAGGGCUCCUAGCCAACACCUCAGGGUCCCCAUAUAUAGGCAAUAUGAUGCAUCCUCCAAUGCCCCCUAGCUGCAUUAUGGAGGAACUGCAGAGAGCCUUCGCUUCCAAGAACAGACAAGAGAGUGUCCAUAGAGGGUGUGAGCAGGCCUCACCCCCAAGGCUGUGGUGUUCAGACGGACGUCUCUCUCGCUCUUGCAGCUCUCAGAACCAACACACAUCGUCUUUUGGGGGCGGCUGUGUGGGAGGAGGAGGAGGGUCCGACUGGCCCAAGAAGGAGGCGGAGGAGAAUAAGGAGAACAUGCGGCUGGACCAGUGCUUCUCCAACACCUCAGGCCUCCCCACCGACUUAGAAGAAUGGAAUGAUUCCGUCAUCUCUGGUACACUUCCUCGCAGGCUAAGGAAGGAGUUGCUGUCUGUCAAACUACGAAACAGGCCCAGCAAGCAGGAGUUGGAAGACAGAAAUAUCUUCCCAGUCAGGAGUGACCAGGAGCGCCAGGAAAUUCGCCAGCAGAUUGAGAUGAAACUUGCCAAGAGGCUGAGCCAGAGACCGAAUGUGGAGGAGCUGGAGAGUCGGAACAUACUGAAACAGAGAAAUGACCAGACAGAGCAAGAGGAGAGGAGGGAGAUCAAACAGCGGCUAAACAGAAAGCUCAACCAGCGGCCCACAGUAGACGAGCUACGAGACAGAAAGAUUCUGAUCCGCUUCAGUGAUUAUGUGGAGGUGGCCAAAGCUCAGGACUAUGACAGGAGAGCAGACAAGCCCUGGACUCGGCUCUCAGCAGCAGACAAGGCUGCAAUCCGAAAAGAGCUCAACGAGUUUAAAAGCACCGAGAUGGAAGUGCAUGCCUCAAGCAAACACCUCACGAGGUUCCACCGGCCAUGA